AUGGGUGUCGAGAACAAGAAGACCAGGACAAAGACGAGGAGGCACACGAGAGAUCUCGACCAAAUCAAGUCUGACAUGCUGUCGUCCAAGCAUCUUUCACAAUACCAAGCAACAAAAGCGACCGAGGAUUUGCCAGGCCUGGGAGAGUUCUACUGCGUCGAAUGUGCGAAAUGGUUUGAGGGAGAGAACAGCCAGAGGACGCAUUUGAAGGGCAAGAACCACAGGAGAAGAGUCAAGGCGCUAAAAGACGAGCCAUACUCCCAAAAGGAAGCGGAAGCUGCAGUUGGGUUGCGAACAGACAAUGGACCGCUACGAUCGAAUGUGAAUAAGGCACAGACUAUCGACGUUGAGAUGGCAACAUGA